CUUUCUCGCGAGAUCUGACAACAGCGCGCGAAUAAAACAGGACGACGGGAAGUCAAAAUGGCGUUUGAUGAAGAAGACGUUAUUGUAGUCUUUAGAGUCCCGCGUUCUUAAUCUGUUCGAAUGUGUACACUUAUGUCGUUUAAUGGAGUUAAACAUCGUUCAUGAUAGUUUGUGUUUGGAUACGUUACGUACGUGCUAGCUUAGCGCUAGUUAGCUUAGCUUGCUAGCUGCUAACAAAGAGACUCGGGGGUUAUUAUAAAGAUCAAAUGUGAGUGUAAAGUGUCGUGAUUGUGUGAAAAUGUGCGAAGGAAUGAAAGCAGAGUACGAGGAGGAACUUUCUUCAACAAAACAACAUCAACUGGACGCUGUUCUCAAGAAACAUCAACUUGUCUUACUCAGUACAGACAUCCAUCAGCUGAUUGGACAUCAAGAAACAUGUCUCCCUCAUCUGCAGGGGGGCAGCUUCCCUUUGGAGUGCGACUAUCCACAGCCCCCCCAUGUAAAAGAAGAAGAGGACCCACAGCCCCCUAAUAUUAAAGAGGAAAGGGAGGAUACACAGCAUCCCCAAGGUAUGGAAGAAGAGGAGCAUCUACAGUCCCCCUACAUUCAAGAAGAAGGGGAUAGAGAGUGUCUUCUAGGGCAGGAGGAGGCUGAUCUCACCAAGUUUCCACUGACUGGUGUCUCUGUAAAGACCGAAGACCAUGAAGAGAAACCACCUGAGUCCUCACGGCUUCAUCACAGUCCAAAUGUCUGUGAAGAACAUCUGCCUGAGCAGCAGGAGUGGACCUCCAGGAUGAAGCAGGAGGAGCCACAGCCCCCCCACAUCAAAGAGGAAGAGGUGGCGCCUCAAGACCCGCACAUUAAAGAAGAAGGGGAGGAACAUAGCAUCAGUCAAGAGGAAAAGUAUAUUGAAGAACUGGAGAAAGUUGAUGUCCCCAAGAUGCCAUUGACUGGUGUCACUGUGAAGAGUGAAGACGAGUUCAAAGGUGAUGAUGAAGAGUCCAAAGGUGAUAUUAAGACAUGUGACACUGACCACACACACUUUCAAUGCUCUCACUGUGACAAAACUUUUAACCGCCAACAUAAAAUGAAAAGACACAUGAAAAUACACAGUGGGGAAAUAGAUUUUCCCUGUUCAAUCUGUAGUAAAGGUUUUACACAAAGAGAUUUGAAAAUACACAUGAGAACACACACUGGAGAAAAACACAUUUCCUGUUCAAUCUGUGGUAAAAGUUUUAAAAAUAACGCUUAUCUGAAAACACACAUGAAAAUACACAGUGGGGAAAAGGAUUUUUCCUGUUCAAUCUGUAGUAAAAGUUUUGCAGCAAAAGGUAAUUUGAAAAGACACAUGAGCACACACAGUGAGGAAAAAGAUUUCCCCUGUUCAAUCUGUGGUAAAGGUUUUACAGCAAAAUGUGAUUUGAUAAGACACAUGAGAACACACACCGGAGAAAAACCGUUUUCCUGUUCAAACUGCAAAAAAAGCUUUUCGGUACGGUCAACGCUCGUAAAACACAUGAGAAUACACACUGGAGAAAAACCAUUCGCUUGCUCAGUUUGCGAUAAAAGAUUUUCUGACAAGACAAAAUUGGAAAGACACACGGAAAUACACACUGCUGAAGAUCCUUUCGCCUGUUUAAAAUGCAGCAGAAGCUUUUCUGAACAAGCCGACCUUGCACUGCACAUGAGAAUACACAACGGGGAAAAACCAUUGAAGUGCUCUUACUGUGACAAAACGUUUCAAUACGGUUGGCAUCUGAAAAGGCACACAAGAGUACACACAAAACGCUUUUUCUGUUCAAUUUGCCUUGACGGUUUUCCAGAAAAGCAACAUUUUCAAAGACACAUGAGAAAACACACUGGAGAAAAACCUUUUUCUUGUUCCGUUUGCGGCAAAAGAUUCUGUGAGAAGCAAACUUUGAAAAUACACACAAGAAUACACACUGGUGAAAAACCUUAUACCUGUUCAAAGUGUAACAAAAGUUUCACUAUUCAAUCAAACUUUCUGGUACACAUGAAAAUACACACUGGAGAUAAACCAUUCAUGUGCUCAAUUUGCAAUAAAAGAUACAGCCGAAAGGGAGACUUGGCAUUACACACAAGAACGCAUACUGGUGAAAAACCCUUUAUCUGUUCAGUGUGUGGUAGAGGUUUUGCACAAUGUCCCCAUCUGACAAGACACAUGAGAAUACACUCUGGAAAAAAAACAUAUUUCUGUUCAAGGUGCAACAAAGGGUUUACUGAACAACAACCGCUUGUAAGACACUUGAGAACACACACAGGAGAGAAAGAACCUGGGUAAGAAACAGUGUGCUGGUGAGAACAGCAAAUGAAGCUGCAGGAUUUGAAAUAAACUGUCAUAACGCUGACGUUCUAACAACAUCACCAUUUGUAACAUAUGUGACACAAUCAUGUCAAUAUGCUUCCACCAUUUAUAGAUCACAUUUUCUUUGUUUUGUAUUUUGUGUCCAUUCAAGUACAUGUAUUAUUAUUAACUCUUCCUACUCCUUUUGUGGACAUAUUGUAAUGUGAAAUUGUGAAUAUGUGACGUAUACACUGUAGCUACACUACAUGCAUGUUCAAAAUAAACUAAUACCGAUAUCAA